AUGGGGGCAGGUGCUAUUGGUGUUACUCUUUGUUUUGCUUCUUUUACUAUAUCUCCUUUAAGGCAAGAUGAUCAAGAUACAAAUUUUGCUGGCUAUCAUGAUGAGUUUCAAUAUUCCAAAUACAGUCCAUUCAAUGUUCAAGAAGAAAGUGAUGAUGAUGCACCAAUUACGAAAGGAAAAUUCAAGGCUGUCAAUGAGAAGUUGGAUAAUCUACUUGAGUCUUCCAAAACUUCUUCAAGAAUCGAAUACUCAUUUGAGUCUAUCAAAGCUUUAAUCGAGACCCUCACCAAGGAGCACACCAACAGUCCAGUAGCCUCUACAAAAGUUGUUGAGAACUUAGAGUCGACAGUGCGAGAAAUGACUGAGAAAGUCGAAAAACUACUAGCCAAUGUGACUCAUUUUAUGGAAGAAUUUCAGAGUUCGUCUGAGAAUAACAUUGCUACUGCGAAUAAAGUAAUCACAAAUAUUGGCUAUAUUCUUCAAUCAGAAAAAGAAGCUCUCUAUAAAGUCCAUUCAGAUCUGCAAGUUGAUAAUACAAAAAUGAAUGCUUUUGUUGUUUCAAAGAUCGAGAAACUUCAAGUUGAUCUUGCCAUUGAGAAUGCCCUCAUGGACAAGCUCGUAGUCAAAACUGAAAAGGUUAAAGUUCUUCCAGUGAACCUAUCACAUGCAAAAACGCAAAUUGAUGAGUUGAAAUCUGAAAGGGAUGUUAUGAAAAGUGGUGUUGCAGAUGAGUCUGGUUCUCAUCCGAAACAAGGAGGAGAAGUCAAGAAACCAGCUGGUGGUUCUGACGAAAACGAGACAAUGAAAUAUCCACCCAAGACAAAAGAUCUAAAGGGUAAUAAUGCUUUGGGAUCGAAAGGAAAAGGAAAAUUGAUUGAUGAUGAUAAAGAAGAAGAAUAUCUAUCCGAAGAGGCUUAA